AUGUUCAGAUCCUUUUACGUCAAAGAUUAUAUUGAAUGUUCUAGAAAGGACCUCCUAGUUCUCAGAGCCCCGCCCCCACAGGCCGCACUCUGUGGCGGCAAUCCAGCCAGUACUAGAAUGUCGCUGAAGACCCCGACGCCGGGCGUCGGCGAGCGCGAGACAUGGGGCAAGAAGGUAGACUUCCUGCUCUCCGUCAUCGGCUUCGCCGUCGACCUCGCCAAUGUGUGGCGCUUUCCAUACCUUUGCUACAAAAAUGGAGGGGGGGCUUUUCUAGUACCAUACUGUAUCAUGCUGGUGGUGGGUGGCAUUCCUCUCUUUUAUAUGGAGUUGGCACUGGGACAGUUUCAUCGAAAAGGGGCCAUCACAUGUUGGGGCAGACUUGUACCACUUCUUAAAGGUAUCGGGUACGCGGUAGUUUUGAUAGCGUUCUACGUGGACUUCUACUACAAUGUCAUAAUCGCUUGGGCACUUCGAUUCUUCUUUGCAUCCUUCACCACUUUGCUGCCUUGGACCAACUGCAACAAUGCUUGGAAUACGCCUUCUUGCCAACCGUUCGAAGCUAACUGGACGUUGAUAAACGCAAACGAAACAAGCCACAAUUCGUCAGAGACAGAAACACAGACCGCUCCAUACACAUCUGCUGCAUCAGAAUACUUUAAUCGGGCCAUAUUGGAACUACACAGAAGUGAAGGUUUACAUGAUUUGGGCGCCAUAAAGUGGGACAUGGCUUUGUGUCUCCUCGCAGUUUAUAUUAUUUGCUACUUCUCACUAUGGAAAGGCAUCAGUACUUCUGGGAAAGUUGUUUGGUUUACGGCGUUAUUUCCAUAUGCAGUUCUUUUAAUACUGUUGGUGCGAGGCAUCACUCUUCCAGGUUCCGCUACAGGCAUUCAAUACUAUCUAAGCCCUAACUUCGAAGCCAUUACACAACCGCAGGUGUGGGUAGAUGCAGCAACUCAGGUCUUCUUUUCCUUGGGUCCAGGUUUCGGCGUACUUUUGGCUUACGCUUCUUACAACAAAUAUCACAACAACGUUUAUCAAGACGCUAUACUAACAAGCGUGAUAAACUCUUGCACGUCAUUCGUGGCGGGUUUCGUGAUAUUCAGCGUGUUGGGGUACAUGGCGCACGCGUCGGGCAAGCACGUGCGCGACGUGGCCACGGAGGGCCCGGGGCUGGUGUUCAUCGUGUACCCGGCCGCCAUUGCCACCAUGCCGGGCUCGACUUUCUGGGCUUUGAUAUUCUUUAUGAUGCUGUUGACUUUGGGAUUGGAUAGUUCUUUCGGUGGUUCAGAAGCGAUAAUAACCGCACUCAGCGACGAGUUCCCACCAAUCGGCCGUCACCGAGAACUGUUCGUAGCGUGUCUCUUCACGCUGUACUUCUUCGUGGGUCUGGCGUCGUGCACUACGGGCGGCUUCUACGUGUUCCAACUGCUUGAUAGAUACGCUGCGGGCUACUCCAUGUUGGUGGCCGUGUUCUUUGAAGCGAUCGCUGUGUCUUGGAUUUAUGGUACGGAAAGAUUUUGCGAAGACAUCCGCGAUAUGAUCGGCUUCCGACCAGGUCUGUACUGGCGUAUUUGCUGGCGUUUCGUCGCCCCCGCGUUCCUCCUCUUCAUCACGGCGUACGGCCUCAUGGACUACGAGCCGCUGCAGUACGACCGCUACGUGUACCCGGGCUGGGCCAACGCCCUCGGCUGGGCCAUAGCCGGCUCCAGCGUCGUAUGUAUACCGGCGGUCGCUGUUUAUAAGAUUAUUACUACGAAAGGAACGUUCUUUGAGCGACUAACGAUUCUAACAACACCAUACGCGGACACACAACACUCAGUACAUAACGGGGUAGUCGUGUCUGAGAGCGGGGGCGUGAGGCUGGCGUCGGCCGCCGCGUCCCCCGGCACGCCCCCCUCCCCCGCCGCGCCGCCCGGCACCCCCCCCGCGCCGCCCGCGCUCGUC